GGAGUUUUCCAGAAGAAACGUAGCCUGUGCGCACUAUAAAUACGUUGACUCGUCUUACAGGAGUUCAGUUUAGCGGAGAUUGCCAACAGCUCGCCACCUCUCAGUACCACACACACAACCACACAACAUGUCUCUGGAACGCCAAGUCCGCGCUAAGCUCGCUUCCAAGCGUGACCCUGAACGUGAGAAGGAGGCCCAGAGCUGGAUUGAAACCGUCCUGGGAGCCAAAUUCCCCCCCAAUGAUGCGUUCGAAGAUGUGCUCAAGGACGGCACCGUCCUGUGCCAGGUCAUCAACAAGCUGAAGCCCGGCUCCGUCCCCAAGAUCAACACCUCCGGCGGACAGUUCAAGAUGAUGGAGAACAUCACCAACUUCCAGGCGGCCAUCAAAGCGUACGGUGUCGCCGACAUUGACGUGUUCCAGACCGUCGACCUCUGGGAGAAGAAGGACAUCGCGCAAGUCGUCAGCACACUGUUCGCCCUUGGCCGCGAGACCUACAGGCAUCCCGAGUGGACCGGCCCCAACCUAGGCCCCAAGCCCGCUGAUGAGUGCAAGCGCGAGUUCUCCGAUGAGGUCCUGAACGCCGGGCAGACCAUCGUGGGCCUGCAGGCGGGCUCCAACAAGGGUGCCACCCAGGCCGGAUCGAACAUGGGCGCUGGCCGCAAGAUCCUCCUCGGCAAGUGAACGCCAUCAUUCGAAGGACCAAGUGAUAUUAUUCAUAAGCAAUCUCGUACAAAGAUAAGUGUAUUUUAGGACGCUAUAUUGUGUGUGUGUAAUCCCUUGAAAUUGUAGCAGGGUUUUUGCCUUUUAUACAAAACCUAUAAUGCUACUGGAACCAUGAAUGUUCGUUCCAGAACCAAACAUAUUUUUGUAUUACAUGCCUAAGUGGUUAGCAUAAGUACCUACCUUUGUAUUAAUUACUUAUUUAUUUCCAUUUUAUUAUUUAUUUUGUAUUAAAAAAUGAGAACUU